AUGUCUGAUAACGAUUCCUCUUCCUCUUCGUCUUCUCUUUUUAAUAUUAACUCUCCUGAGAUUCGUGAUCCUUUUAUGGAUUCUCGUCAGCCUAUUUCUUCUGAGAGUGCUCAAGCUAUUUCCGAUGGUCUUUCUCGUGUGGAACGUGAACUUCGCUCCAUUCAAUUUACCUUUUCUGCCAUUUCUGCCAUUAGUGGUGGUCCUUGUCGUAUAUGCUCUCGUCUUCAGGAUAUCAUAGGGAAUAUUCGUGAUGAUAUCUUUAAAGUGUUUCCUAAUUUUUCUCGGAGUCACUCUACUUCUCGCUUGGUCCGUGACGUUCUCAAGUUUACUCAGAACCUUUACAAGGAACAUGAAGUGGCUCUUCAAAGGAUUAAAGAGUUAGAAGCUGCUAAAAAUGAGCGUGAUUUCUUCGAUG